AUGGGUCCUCAAACUUUUUUAAAGUUAUGCGAUAUGUUAGAAAGAGAAGGGGGCUUACGACCUACAAGAUGGUCAAGUGUGGAAGAACAAGUUGCAAAAUCACUUUACAUACUAACCCAUAAUGCUAAAAAUCGUGAAGUCAACUUUUGGUUUCGUCGUUCGGGUGAGACAAUUAGCCGUCAUCUCCAUCAAGUUUUGAAAGCUAUUCUUGAAUUGGAAGAAAAGUUUAUUGUACAACCUGAUGGAUCAACGAUCCCCUUAGAAAUUUCUAGUAGCACUAGAUUCUACCCAUAUUUUAAGAAUUGUGUUGGUGCUAUAGAUGGAACACAUAUACGAGUCAAGGUAUCUGCAAAAGACGCCCCUCGUUAUCGUGGUAGGAAAGAGUAUCCAACACAAAAUGUUUUAGCAGCGUGCACUUUUGAUUUAAAGUUCACGUAUGUGCUUGCGGGAUGGGAAGGCUUCGCCUCUGACUCAAGAAUAAUAAAGAAUGCAUUAACACGAGAAGAUAAACUUAAAAUUCCUCAAGGAAAAUAUUAUCUAGUUGAUGCUGGUUUCAUGUUGACAAGUGGACUUAUUACGCCUUAUAGAGGAGUUCGGUAUCACUUGAAAGAAUUUUCGGCAAGAAAUCCACCCCUAAAUUAUAAAGAAUUGUUUAAUCUUCGGCAUGCGUCUUUACGAAAUGCAAUUGAAAGAGCCUUUGGUGUAUUAAAAAAAGGAUUUGAGAUUUUAUCAAAUUCAACAGAACCCGCUUAUGGAGUCAAAGCUCAUAAAUUAAUCAUUUUUGCAUGUUGCAUUCUUCACAAUUAUCUAAUGAGCGCAGAACCAAAUGAAGACCUUAUAGCUGAAAUAGAUGCCGAACUUGCAAAUCAAAAUAUUAUGACAUCGAAAAAGCAAUUGUCAACCAACAAUGGUAAUUCUGGGUCUUUGACCUGGAAUAAAGCCAUGGAUGAUGCUCUUGUUGAUGCUCUCAUGCAAGAAUUUGAAAACGGUAACAAAGUUAACGGUACCUUCACGUCAAUAGCAUAUAAAAAUGUUACAGAUGAACUCGUGAGAUUGUUUGGUGACCAAAUUGAUAAGUUAUGGGAUGCGGAAGAACCAGUUUGGGCUGCUCUAAUUGAGUCGAAACCAAAAGCAGCACAUUGGAGAGUUGAUUCAUUUCCAAACUAUAAAAAGAUAUCAAUACUUCAUGGGCCUAACCGAGCUGAUGGGGAUGAAUCUGGAACUUUUAAAGAGAUCAGAAAACGAGGGGCAUCGAUCACUGAGGAAGAUUUUGUUGAAACUAUUCAAGAUAUUGAUGACCGUGUUGCUCGGAAUGAGGUAACUUUGGAGAGCUUUGAUGCUCCUGAUUAUGACUUUACUUUACCUGAAACACAAUCAUAUGAUCCUUCAACCAUGGCAAGUGGUGGAAAAAGGAAGAGAUUGAAAGUGGCUAAGAAUAAAGAGACAUACAAUGAUAUUAUUGAACUUAAAGAGUCAAUGAAAGUGGUUGCAGAGGCACUCAGAGAAGGAAAUGCUGCAAUACGGGAAGGAAAUGAAAUAACGAGAGAACGUCAUAAACACGAGUUGCCUCCAAUUUCAGGAGAAGAGACUUGGAAUUUAUUAGAGGAGUGUGGAUGUGACCCAAAUUCAUUGCCUAAGAUAUAUCGUGUUGUCAUGAAAGAUGUAGACAUACUUAGAAUGAUUCUUCAGUGUCCACCCAAAGCACGCAAAGCAGUCAUAAUGGAAACUGUCUUUGGUUCUUCUGAUUAA